GAUGACGCUGCAGAAUUCUCUUACUUUUGUAAUGGUUUUGUUGAAAUGCGUCAUCUUAACAAUUUGUUUACAAAGCGGGUUUACAAAAUAAAACAAAAAUGUGUGAAAUACCUUUUACUGUCUAUGUGAAAUACAGACGCACGCGCCCUCUCACGGUGUUUAUGCGCGUGAGCUCAAAUCCCUUUCGCGCUUUUCUAUAGUAGUUAUCUGAAACGUCGAAAAACAUAUCCAAAACACUUGUACGAUUUAAGAUAAGUUAAUUUUGUUAAUUUAAGCAGCCAAAAUACCACUUACGCACUUAUAUAUCAGUGCCAUCUAGAGUUGGAGAAUGAAUGAGUUGGAGGACCAAGAGUACAGCUACAAAAGAGACUUAUCUGAAGGAUCUCUUGUUCCUUCACACCACACCCAUGACAGUCCUAGAAUGGCAAAUCUCAUUAGUCACGGGAUGCAUUCAGUACCGGGUUACUCCAGGAUGGAGGACGACUACACCACUUACAGGAUUCUUCCACAGCUAACAUGUGAUCCUGUGCCUCCAGUAGCCCACUUUAGUUUAGCGUCCUAUCCUGAAUACUUACUGGCUCAAUCUAGCCAUUAUCAGCAUGUACUAGGCCAACCGUACAGCUCCUGGCCAUCCCAGGAGGCUUUUCAUUAUGGCAUGUCAUCAGGAGAGAUCUGUCGAGCGGUCACCAGUAUCAGCUCUGAUGGUGCAGAUGUUUACAGUCUGGAGGGGUAUUCUACAGAUCAAGGAUUCAGACAUCACGAUAGAAAUCAGCCUCAUGCUCUUCAUGUGCCACCUCAUGACCAGAAGCACCCAGCUGAGACGUCCAAUAUUUGUCAGCCGGUGCAGAUUGUGUGUGAUGUGACCGGUGGAGGGCAGGUGGUCGUGCUGAACCAUUGCAGUCCCGAUCAGAUUCCUCAUUCUCUGAUGAUGGAUCUCAACACAGUGUCUCAGCCAAAGACAUCUGAGCAGAGCUGUUCUACUGAGGACCACUCACCCACCGAAAAAGAUGCCAGACAUUUGGAGAAGAUCACGUCCACUGGACUGCCUCAGACCCACAAGACAUCUGCAGGUGUCACAUUCAACCUCGCGCCAGGACCUUACGCUUCUCAGCUUCAUCAGACGCUUUGCCCUACUCAGAUUGUAGAACUGGAAGAGGAAGGACAGAGGAAAGGAUGUAGACGGUACGAGUAUCAUUACAUAAAAACCUCAUGUCUCUCAUGUUGAUUCUUGACAACCGACCUGUACUUUUUGUAAAACAGUUAAAUUAUGGUAUGACUAUUCUUUGUUUAUUAGUGUGAAGUGGGAAAAAUCUAAGCGACCCUGCAACUGCACAAAAUCUCAGUGUCUGAAACUUUAUUGUGAAUGUUUUGCGAACGGAGAUGUCUGCAACAACUGCAAAUGCUUAAACUGCUACAAUAAUACUGAACAUAACUUGGAGAGAUCCCAGGCUAUAAAGGCCUGUCUGGACAGGAAUCCAGGGGCUUUUCGGCCUAAGAUUGGCAGUAGGAAACAGGGGAAUGUGAAGGGAUGUCACACAAAGGGUUGCAACUGCAAGCGUUCAGGCUGCCUGAAGAACUACUGCGAGUGUUAUGAGGCCAAAAUCAUGUGCACGUCCACCUGUAAGUGUGUGGGCUGCCGAAACUAUGAGGAAAGUCCUUCAAAGAAGAGCUCUGAGCGGGACAGGCCUGACUCCAGCAUCUACUACCCAACCAGGAGUCCUCUGGCGUGCAUCACGCCCGAUGUAGUGGAAGCCACAUGCGGCUGUCUCCUCGCCCAGGCUGAAGAGGCAGAGAAGGAAGGGUACACUGCGGCUCACGCUGAGAGAAUGAUUUUGGAGGAGUUCGGCCAGUGCCUAACGCAGAUUGUCCGAUCAAUAUUCAAAUCCAACAGCGUGCAAUUCAAUGAGUAGCGGGGGAACAAAUGCUCAGUGUUAUGAUUGAUCCAGAUGUGAUUUGGUUACCGACAAGUGUUGUUUUUCUUUACUUCAGCAUUAAGAGAUGCUUUGAAAAAUUCACAUCGUCACCACUUUAAUAGCACAUUUUAUUUAUAGUUAUUUAUAUAAAUAUAUAUAUUUUUACUAUUUAUUCAUUUAUUUAAGAAUAUUUUUUUAUUUAUUUUUUUCAUUCCCACCACUUCACAUCUGCAGGAUUUUAAUGGAAAAUUUUAUUUAUAUUUAAAUAUAUUAUCUAUAUGUUAUUUAAAUUAUUCCAACCACGUUUUUUUUGCAGUAUGUUAAUAUUAUUGUGUAUUAUAUAAUAUUUAAGCAAUUUGAACAGGAGCAAUGUUUACAUUUUUCUUUUCACAUUACCUGUUGCUUGUUCUGGAAUAUUUAAUCCUGUUUGGAAACUUGAUAUCGGUUCUUGCAUUACAAAUUUAGCGUUCUCAUUUUGCCAUUUUUGGCUGUUUUUCUGUAAUAGAGCUUUAUGCAUCAGUAACUGUUUUUCUGUCAGUAUUUAUUUAUU